UCACAAACUGAUCAAAUGCAGUGUUUAUGAGCAGGACAGUUAACAAACCAUCGUUCCCUAGACAGAUGACUUUGGAUUAGCUAGGUUUAGAUUUGGAUUAGAGAACAUCUGAUUUUCUUUCAGUUUCGAUAUCACGUCAUGCUGCAGCAAGAGGCGUGGCUUAAGGAUGCUGUUGUCUCAAUGACGCAGAACUGCUGAAGGAGAAGCUCCGCACACAGAGUUAUUAAUGCUUUUCUAAUUUCUCUCUUAUUUUCCUAAUUGUGAUUUAGACAAACUUGAAGAGCUCGACACCUGGAGGUAUUUUCCCGCGCUGUGAUCGUUCUGCAGUGUGAUACAGUAAUGGCGACGGGCUCUGAAACUCCUGAGAUGUCCUGUGGUCCAGAUGAUCCAGAGAUCCGGGUUCUUCUGAUGGGCAGGAAGGGUUCUGGGAAAAGCUCAUCUGGAAACACUAUACUGGGAGAAAGAAAGAGGUUUAACAUCCACCACGAUAAGAAGCAGCAUGAGUCUGAAGUGUGUGUGGAAGUAACUCAGAACGGAGAGAAGCAGGUGUGUGUGAUUGAUUGUCCAGAUCUACUGGAUCCAGAUCUGAAUAAAGAGAAGCUGGAGAAGAUGAAGGAUCAGCUGGUCUCUCGAUGUUCAGCAGGUCUCAGUGCAGUUCUGCUCACCGUUCCUCUAGAGGAACCUGUGGAAAACGAGGAGGAGAUCCUGGAUUAUAUCAAGCGUUUAUUUGGUCCUGAAGUUCAGAAGUACAUUAUGAUUCUGUUCACACAUGGAGAUAAACUGGGCAAGAAUCAGACCAUUGAGGAACAUCUACAAAAUAAAGAUCAUGCGGAUCUCCAGCAACUGGUGACUGAAUUUGGAGGAAAGUUUCAUUGUUUAAAAAAAAAGAAGACUAUAAAAGAUCUACUGCAGAAGAUUGACGUUUUUGAAUGGGAGAAAAUGGAGGGAAAUAUGUCAUGAAAAAAAUGAAAAGGAGAUCAAGCA